AUGCGCUCCCCUUCGCAUCCGAACAGAACCGUGCCUCCCGCCGGUCCCGAAACAGCCAAUCGCAACCCAUUAAGAGCGUCCUCGCUAAGGGCUUCCUCCGAAAACUCGUUUCCCGUCGCCGUUCCGUCCCCCUCAGGUGCGCCCUCCGAUUCCGUCUUAGCCGAUCUCUCCUCCGCUAUUGCUCUCUGCAACCGCAUCGUCCAUCUCUCAGGCCCUUACCCUACCUCUACUUCCCCUCACCGGCACUCCGCCUCCCUCCCCACUUCCCCCUCCGCCUCCCCUUUCCACUCAACCGGCCCCCCUCUUCCCCCGAUUCGAAACGCCGCCCUCCGUAUAGCUGCCGAACGUGUUUCGAAACGAACCAAGCAGCUCCUGCCGAUCCUGAUUCAGCUGCAAGGCGCACUCAGAGCGUUGGGGGGAGGAGCUCACUGGGAGGGGAAGAAGACGGCGGAGGAGUCAGGGCAGGGGGAGGCGGAACAGGGGAAGGCGGAUAUGGAGUGGGAGGAAAGGGAGGGGGAUCAAAAGGAAGGGGAGAUUUUGGAGGAGGGCCAGGAGAAACAGGUGAAGGUGCGGUUGCUACUGGGGCGGGUAGAGGUGAGCAGAGCGAUACCAGGGGCGCUAGCAGCUCUGCUGCUACUGCCCACACUGCCACAUCCCCUUAUGCCGUCCCCGCCGCCGUCGCCGCUACUGCUGAUGCUGCUGCGGCUGCGGCUGGCGCCAGUUAUGAUGGGGGCAGGGGACGUGCAACCGUCACAGCCUCACCACCUGCACCCUUCACUUCCACCCACCCGCCUUCCUCUCUCAGGCGCCUCUUCCCCCCGUAGUUCCACUGCCACUGGCACUUCUGUCUUUUCUGCCGGCCCCGCUGCCGCCCGCCAGCUGGUCGUCUCGCUCUCCCGGGGAUCUGCGCUGGAAAAGCGGGCGGCGCUGAUGGCGCUUUUGGAUUUAUCUGAGUUGUCGGAUGCGGGGAAGCUGCACGUGACUGCAGCGGGCGUGGUUCCUGUGAUUGCAGUGCUGCUCAAUCAUCCGGACCUGGGAGCCAGCUUCAGCAGCAGUAGCUUCGGAAGCAGCGGGGGGACAGGCGGGAUAGGUGGUGCAGGUGGUGCUGUUGGCGUAAGCAGGACCGGGAGUGGUACCAGGAGUGCACAAACGUCGAGCAUAGGGGAAGAGCUUAAGUUACUUUCUCUGCAACUGCUCCUAUUGCUCGUGUCUCUUGAUGAGAACCGAGCCGUGGUAGUGAAGGCUGGGUGCGUCGCGAUCCUAGUCAGCAUCCUCCGAACCGGAUCGCCGGACCUGCGCGCCGUGGCUGCGCGGGUGCUUUGGAAGGUGGCAGUGGGGGGAGGGGGAGGGGGAGGGGGAGGGGGAGGGGGAGGGGGAGGGGGAGGGGGCGGCGGCGACAAUCCCAGGGCUGCGAUCGCAGCGAGUGAGGCGAUUCCGUCGCUGGUGGCGAUUCUGCAGUCGCAGACAGACGCUGCUGUGAAGCAGGAUGCUGCUGACGCCAUUGCUCACCUCACAGCCAACAACGAGAAGAACCAGAUGGCAGUGGCGGAAGCAGGGGCUAUCCCAGCGCUGGUAACCAUGUUACGAGACGGCAGCACGGGCGAGCAGGAGCGAGCAGCUCUGGCGGUGGGCACGCUGGCAGUGAACAGCAGCGACAACAAACUCGCCAUCUCCCCUCCCUCCCUUCCUCCCUCCCUCCCUUCCUCCACACAGGCUCUCUCUCUCACCCUUUCAUGUACUUACACUCUCGUUCCCAUCUCCUCCCUUCGCUUCUGCUGCUCACCCCUCUCCCCCCAAUUCCCACGCCAGAUGGCAGUGGCGGAGGCAGGGGCUAUUCCGGCACUAGUCACCAUGCUGAGGGACGGCAGCACGGGCGAGCAGGAGAGGGCGGCUCUGGCGGUGGGCACGCUGGCAGUGAACAGCAGCGACAACAAGCUCGCCAUCCCCCUUCCCUUACUCACUCCCUCGCAUACCCUCUUUCUCACCCUUCCUCAACCUUCUCCUUCUACUGCUGUUAACCCCCCCCCAACCCCCCCCCAUUUCCCACCCCAGAUGGCAGUGGCGGAGGCAGGAGCCAUUCCGGCUCUAGUGACCAUGCUGAGGGACGGCAGCACAGGCGAGCAGGAGCGAGCAGCUCUGGCGGUAGGCACGCUGGCAGUGAACAGCAGCGACAACAAGCUCGCCAUCGCUGCUGCUGGCGCCGUGCCUCUGCUGCUCGACCUCCUCUUCCACUCUGUCGCAGCUGCUGCUGCUGCCAACACUGCUUCUGCUGCUGCUUCUGCCGCUGCCGCUGCUGCUGCUGCUGGUACUGAUGGUGGUGAUGGUAGUGCUGCUGCUGCUGCUGCUGCUGCUGCUGCUGGUGGUGUUGCAGGGCAGGCAGGGAGAUCAAGGCGAUCAGGGCGAGCAGGGCAAUCCGCCUCUGCCGAACCUUCGCCACGAGCGCCCACAGCAUCAGCCUCUCUUCCGCCCUUCCUCUCCCCAUCUUCCUCCUCCGCCUCCGCGCCCCCGCUCCCUCCCGCCAUCGCCAAGACCUGCGCCUGGACGCUCUACGUCCUCUCCUCGGACUCUGUCUCAGCCUCGUUCAUACUCGCUAAUGACGGGCUCGAGAUAGUGUAUAAGGUGUACAAGGAAGGCCCGUCGGAGGCGCAGUUCUGGGCGGGGCACAUGCUGCAGCUGCUGGAUCCCACGUUCCGGCGCCCGGAGAAGCAAGCGAGCUCUAGGAGGUAUGCCUGGACCUCUCCUUCCUCUUCCUUUGUUCUGAAGCAGCAGCAGCAGCAGCAGCAGCCACAGUUACAGCAGCAGCAGCAGCAGGCAGUGGUGCAACCGGAACCGGCGCAGCAGUUUCCAAGAAACUUCUCAUCUGAUAGUCUUCAGCAGUCGCUCGCGGCACAGCAGCAGCUGGGCCAAAAUCAGAAUCAGAAUCAGAAUCAGCAGCAGCUGGUGGCACGGGGUGCUCCCUUGCGGCCCUGA